UCCCUCGUUCGGCGCACAGAGCACCCUGUCCCCGAGCUGCGCCAGCCGAGCCAGCUGGGCGCCGUGCUCGGUCCGCUCGCCGCGCGGGAGAGAGCUGCCCGAGACAGAGCCAGCCCGCCGGCGCCUAGCUGCCGAGCGUCCGGCCCCGGAGACCCUGAGUGGGGCGCGGCGAGCCCCCGGCGGCGGCAGAAGGACCCGAGCGCCAGGAGAGGGCGGACGGGGGACAAGGAGGCUCCCGGGCGCGACGAGGAGAGUCUCGGUGGAGGAGGCGGCGUGAGGACACCCGGGCCUCCUUGCCGCCGCAGCCGGGUCGGGGCGAGCAGCUCCUGCGGGGAGUCCCGGCGGCCAGGCGCGGCUAGGGGAGGGGGCGCCGGCGGCCCCCGCGUCAGUGAACAGCUUGCGCCCAGGAGGGCGAGAGCGCGCGACCCGCCAGGGGCCCGCCGCCGCCGCCGCGCCGCCCUCCCCCGCGCUGUCAGCCCCGCCGGGCGCAGCCGCCGCCGCCGCAGCAGCAGCAUCUUCUGCCCCUGCGCCCCCGCCAGCCCCGAGGAAGUCCCCGCCGAGACCGGGGCCCCCGGGAGCGCAGGAGGAAAGACCAGACUCCCCUGAAACACCCAGAUGCCGCGGAUUGAAGCAGCCUAGCCAGAGCUUUCUGUGGAUUAAAAAAAUAUACGAUUUUCUUUUUUUCUUGGCAGAAGAAAAGGAGAGGAAGACCAGCGGGGCUCUGUAAGGAAAAAAGGGGGAUGUAACUCGUGGAUACGUUUUUUUCCACCCCUCAAACGUCUUGUUCUACUUUGUAAACAUUUCUUUUUUUAAACCUUAGCUCCAGCCGGACGCCCCCAGACCUCCGGGGGUGCGAGGAGGUGGUGUUUUUCAUUUUGGGCUUUGCCUAUUUGGUUCUUAGAUUUUUGAGAGCCUUCCUAUUUCGCCAGACAUCUCAUGCGGGGUGAAGUCCACUCGGUCCCCUCCCCCGAGUCUUCGUGUGCACGGAAUUCGAGGAGAUCCGGUUACUAAGGAUAUAGAGGAAAAAAAUAAAUCGCGUGCCUGCUUUUUUUUUUUUUUAAUUGCCUGUUCUCCCCCCCCCCAAAUUAAGUUGCUUAGCAAGGGGGAAAGAGGCUUUUUCUUCCCUCCAGGAGCCCAGCCGAACGUCUUUCGUUUUUUGCCCCCGCGGAUCUUCCAUGUAGGAAGCCGAGGCUGGCGAGCCCGACUCUCGGGAGCCGCUGCGGGGGGGCCUCUUUUUUGGGAGGCGCCGACCGGGGUAGGCUUCGCCGCCCCCAGGGAAGCGGCGGCCGCGUUCCUCCGGGGUGCUCCGGGGCCGGAGAGCCGCGCACCGCGCGGGCCGCGCGGGGUGGGGCAGCCAGAGCGCAGGCCCCCGAGCCCCGGCGGGCGCCCCCGGGCCCCCGCGCGCGCCCCGGCCUCCGGGAGACUGGCGCAUGCCACGGAGCGCCCCUCGGGCCGCCGCCGCUCCUGCCCGGGCCCCUGCUGCUGCUGCUAUCGCCUUCGCCUGCUGCCCCAACUCGGCGCCCGACUUCUUCAUGGUGUGCGGAGGUCAUGUUCGCUCCUUAGCCGGCAAACGACUUUUCUCCUCGCCUCCUCGCCCCGCAUGUUCAGGACCAAACGAUCUGCGCUCGUCCGGCGUCUCUGGAGGAGCCGUGCGCCCGGCGGCGAGGACGAGGAGGAGGGCGCGGGGGGGAGGCGGAGGAGGAGGCGACCUGCGGGGAGAAGGGGCGACGGACGGCCGGGCACAUGGGGCCGGUGGCGGCGGCGCGGGCAGGGCUGGCUGCUGCCUGGGCAAGGCGGUCCGAGGUGCCAAAGGUCACCACCAUCCCCACCCCCCAGCCACGGGCGCCGGCGCGGCCGGGGGCUCCGAGGCGGAUCUGAAGGCGCUCACGCACUCGGUGCUCAAGAAACUGAAGGAACGGCAGUUGGAGCUGCUGCUCCAGGCCGUGGAGUCCCGCGGCGGUACGCGCACCGCGUGCCUCCUGCUGCCCGGCCGCCUGGACUGCAGGCUGGGCCUGGGGGCGCCCGCCGGCUCGCAGCCCGCGCAGCCGCCCUCGUCCUACUCGCUCCCCCUCCUGCUGUGCAAAGUGUUCAGGUGGCCGGAUCUCAGGCAUUCCUCGGAAGUCAAGAGGCUGUGUUGCUGUGAAUCUUACGGGAAGAUCAACCCCGAGCUGGUGUGCUGCAACCCCCAUCACCUUAGCCGACUCUGCGAACUAGAGUCUCCCCCUCCUCCUUACUCCAGAUACCCGAUGGAUUUUCUCAAACCAACUGCGGACUGUCCAGAUGCUGUGCCUUCCUCCGCUGAAACAGGGGGAACGAAUUAUCUGGCCCCUGGGGGGCUUUCAGAUUCCCAACUUCUUCUGGAGCCUGGGGAUCGGUCACACUGGUGCGUGGUGGCAUACUGGGAGGAGAAGACGAGAGUGGGGAGGCUCUACUGUGUCCAGGAGCCCUCCCUGGAUAUCUUCUAUGAUCUACCUCAGGGGAAUGGCUUUUGCCUUGGACAGCUUAAUUCGGACAACAAGAGUCAGCUGGUGCAGAAGGUGCGGAGCAAGAUCGGCUGCGGCAUCCAGCUCACGCGGGAGGUGGACGGCGUGUGGGUGUACAACCGCAGCAGUUACCCCAUCUUCAUCAAGUCAGCCACACUGGACAACCCGGACUCCAGGACGCUGCUGGUACACAAGGUGUUCCCCGGUUUCUCCAUCAAGGCUUUCGACUAUGAGAAGGCGUACAGCCUGCGGCGGCCCAACGACCACGAGUUCAUGCAGCAGCCGUGGACCGGCUUCACCGUGCAGAUCAGCUUUGUGAAGGGCUGGGGCCAGUGCUACACCCGCCAGUUCAUCAGCAGCUGCCCGUGCUGGCUGGAGGUCAUCUUCAACAGCCGGUAGCCGCGCGGGCCGGGGACGCAGCGGGCGCCGCGCGGGCCCAGGCCAAACGACGUUGCUGCUAAUACUUUCCUCCCGAGUGCUUGCUUUUCAUGCAGACUCUUUGGUCCGUCGCGUGUCGUCGUCGUCCCCACCCCCGCCCCGCUUCUUGUCGUUCUUGUUUAUUUUCUGUUUGUUUUGUUAACUUUGAGAAAUAGCUUAUG